UAGGGGCAGACGUCGUGACGCUGGAGCGGGGCAGACGUUAAGCGGGCGGAUAGAGCGGCGCAGACGAGGGUGAACAACGCAAAAUGGUUCCAAUAAGAUGGAAGGUGCUGCCCAUUGGCGAGGCGCAACCCCUACUCAGCCGGCAGAUUAAAACUGAGGAGGGCCUGGAGGUUGAGGUCAAGGAGAUUGAGGUGAAGGAGGAGGAGGCCCGGGUCAAAGAGGAGGAGGACCUGGAGAUUAUGGUGAUUGGGGUCAAGGAGGAGGAGGAGGAGGACCAGGAGGAGGUGUAUCGUGUCCGCAGCAUCGCCCCACCCCGGACUAAGAGGCCUCAGAAGAAGAAUUCCAGAAUUGUCAAUCCAAAUGCCCCGCCUGGCAUAGCUAGAACUCACCUUGAAAUGAAUUUCCCUGUCAUGCCUGAGUCUAAGAGUGAUCUUAAAAAUGGACACAUCUUGUACAUGUAUACCUCAUUUGGUAAAAGUCUGGCUGAAACUCAGAAAUGGUUGAGUUCACAUUACUCUUUGCCGGGUGCCGAAGGGUGUUCAAUUGGUGCUGUCAUGUUAAAGGUGAAGAGUCUCAUUACCCGGACUUUGCUUAAGUUUAAAAAACUCAGCAGUCCCAAGGAACUUGAAGCAUUUACGGAAAUUUGUAAUGAAACAUUUAAAUUUCCAGAAGGCAGUCAACGCAUUUCUUCACAUGACAUUCCAGCCGCCUGUUGCUCAAGAUCCUGAAUCCUUGACCCCUGCCGAAAUCCAAGUGCCCAUAUUUCAAGACACAAUAUGUACCAGAGAACUUCUAAGUCUUACACCAAGGGAACAGAAAAUGAAAAAAAGACUAAACUUUCUGUCUACAUCCAUCGCCGCUCUUACACUAAAGUAUCGCACAAGGAUCAGUGAACUUAGGGCUCAGUUGAAAACUCCAAAACGUGUCGUUAAUCAAGCCUUAAAGAGAAAGCAAAACCAAAUAGAUACGAAGGACAGAAAGAUUCAGGAACUCAAAGCCAAAUUACGUGGGAAUACUUUGGCACGAGAGCUUGCUGAAACAAAGGCAGAGUUUUUGAAACUU